GUCGGAAGCUCAGAAAUGCUGAGGGCAUGUCAAGACCCAGGAGCUGAGCGCCUGGACUGAUCUACUGGCGCGAAGGUCAGGCAUAGCAAGACAACGGAACGGUCGACACCAAGAGCCGACGAGCGCACAGGACCAUAUAUAAGCCUUUGUUGGCCUGCCUCAAGUCCAGCGCCCGUUCCAGCUUGCUUUCCCCUUCCUCGCUUGUGUUGAAUAAGUGUAUACAUACACCAUCCCUACUGAGAAGGUCUCAAAGAGAAGUGGACAUACCAACAUCAUGGCACCCGCACCAAUCAUCGAGCAGAGCCACGACGCAAUUCGGGCCGAUCGGCCAGUCCAAACGAAACCCAAAGCUUCCAUCCUUUCUCCCGACUUUUCUGCGCUCACUUUGAGCAAUGUUCGCUGCCUCGUUGCCGACUUGGUCCAGCAAUUUAACGGUGGGCAUCCAGGUACUGCAAUGGGCGCUGCUGCCAUCGGACUUGUGCUGUGGCGAGAUGUAAUGAGAUUCAACCCGGCGGACGCCAAAUGGCUCGGUCGUGAUCGCUUCGUGCUCUCGGCUGGUCACGCUUGCUUGCUGCAGUACGUCUACUUGCACCUGUGUGGCUACAAGUCAUGGACGAUGGACAUGCUCAAGCGCUACCAUUCUCCUGACUUCCGCCACUCUCAAUCAGCUGGUCAUCCAGAAAUCGAGUAUGAAGGCAUUGAGGUGACCACCGGCCCGCUUGGGCAAGGAAUCAGCAACGCUGUGGGUCUAGCCAUGGCGGCAAAGCACUUGCAAGCGACUUACGACCGCAACAGCAGCAGCGAUGAGGCGCUCUUCGAUCAGAAAGUCUACUGCUUUAGCGGCGACGGAUGCAUCCAAGAAGGCGUCGGUGUAGAAGCAGCUUCGCUAGCAGGCCACUUGAGACUGGACAACUUGAUUCUCAUCUACGACUGCAACGCAAUCACCGUAGACGGUAACAUCGAUCUCUGCUUCACCGAGGAUACCGCCGCCAAGUUUCAGGCCAUGAACUGGCACGUCAUUGACGUGGGUCCCGACGCCACCAAUGAUGUUGAUGCCAUUACAAAAGCAUUGCGAGCCGCUAGAGACAACAACACUGGCAAGCCCGUCCUCGUUAAAGUGGUCACGACCAUCGGCUUUGGCUCUGCCAAUCAGGGACUAGCGCCCACCCACGGUGCUGCUCUUGGUGCAGCCGACGUCGUGGGUGUGAAGAAGCUGAACGGACGAGAUGAGGAGCUUUCCUUCCAUGUCGACCAGCAAGUCUAUGAUGGCUUUGCCGCAGUCCAAAAUCGUGGUGCAGAAUGGCAACAAGAGUGGCAAGAGAAACUUCACAGCCAGCUUCGUGCCCAACUGAGCGGAGAGCUCACUAGCCCUUCGACCGAGGAUAUUGCUUCGCUCCUGCCGUCGAAAGAACGUCUGCCGACUUCUGCAGUUCCCACCCGAAAAUCCUCGGGUAUUGCGGUCGAGGCCAUCGCUCCUGCGCUACCAAACCUGGUCACAGGAUCUGCGGACUUAGCUGCUUCGACUUUUGUGUCAUGGCCCGAUAUGGAAGACUUUCAGGCUCCCCAGACAGGAUAUGGAAGCUAUGCCGGCCGUCAUAUUCACUAUGGGAUCCGAGAGCAUGCAAUGGCAGGAGUGGCCAACGGACUGGCGGCGUACCAUCCUAACGCGCUAGUGCCCGUCAUUUCUACCUUUUUCAUGUUCUUUUUGUACGCGGCACCUGCCAUUCGCAUGGCUGCUUUGCAGCGUCUUCGAUUGAUUGGCAUCGCAACGCACGAUAGCAUUGGCAUCGGAGAAGAUGGGCCCACUCAUCAACCUAUUGGUCUUGCAAGUCUGUUUCGGGCAAUGCCAAAUCUCAGCUUGUUCCGUCCAGCCGAUGCCGAGGAGGUCAUGGGCUGCUGGAGCAUUGCGCUAUCGAAAGAGAAUGAAGGUGUCCCGAGCAUCUUGACUCUCAGUCGACAAGGCGUCCCUCUGCUCGCAGGUUCUUCGCGCCAUGGCGUACAGAAGGGGGCGUAUAUUGUCUGGCAGAGCACCGAUAGCGAAGUCCCGCAAGUCGUGCUCGUUGCUACCGGCUCAGAAGUCGCCAUCGCGGUUGCAGCAGCCGAGAAGCUUGCAAAAGCCGGCAUCAGCGCCAGAGUAGUCUCCAUGCCUUGUCAAAAUAUCUUUGACAAACAGCCAGGCAGCUAUAAGAGCACCAUUUUGCCACUAUCAGGCAGUCUGAUCGUUGCUGUGGAGGUGUGGAGCUCUUAUGGGUGGGCACGCUAUGCUCACGCGUCGCUGUCCAUGCAUACAUUCGGCUUGUCGGGGCCGCAAGCGCAGCUCUACGAGCACUUCGGAUUCUCGCCUAGCAAUGUCGCCGCAAAGGUUCAAGAGUUCCUUCAGCGUCAUCGCGCGCCAGACGGCCGAAUCAAGACCCCUCCAGUAGGCGCAUUCGAAGAACUCCUUCUACCAUCUUGA